UGUGUGUGUGUGUGUGUGUGUGUGUGUGCGCACGCUCGCGCGCAUGUUCCUAAAGUUAUCGUUCUGCCUCGCUAGCUUUACUUUGUUAAUCCCGCUUCCAGCCUCCCAUCGCCAUCUCUCUGCAUCAGAACAUCCAGGGGGAUUUGGCUGCCAUUAAGAGAUGGCUUUUUGCUGUGUGUGUGUGCGUGUGUGUGUGUGUGUGACCCAGACACACAUUGCAAGAGUGGGAGGCUCAGAAUGCUGAAAGGCUUUCACUGGGAAAUUGACAGAGGCUGGCGGCAGACCGGCAAGCUGAAGAUGCACAUGGGAUGCACAACAUGGAAGUGCAGAUGUUUGUAUGGAUGGCGACAUGGAUGCAACCGUCAGAAAAGAUCUACAGAGCUGCAUUAAUCCUGGCAUCUCCCUGAUGACAGUCAACAGUAAUGACGUUCGUUGCUUUCACUGUCUCACUGCUGAUCCUGCUGCCUCCGGCGGCACUGACCCGCUGGGCGUGCCCGCGGGCCUGUCCGCAGUCCUGUUCCUGCACACAAGAGAAGAGCUGCAGCGUGCUGUGCGACCGCUCGGGCCUCUCUGAGCUGCCCAGAGAGUUUCCCUGCGAAGCCUCAGCCAUCAACCUGGAAAAGAACAGACUCAAGUUCCUGUCGGAACGGGCCUUUGGUACCCUUCCAUCCCUCAAGUCCCUCUCUCUGGACCACAACAACAUCUCCUUCAUCACCCCUGGAGCCUUCAAGGGUCUCUCCAACCUGGUAGAACUGAAAAUGGCGCACAACGAGUACAUCAGCUACCUUCACACUCGGACCUUCACAGGCCUCAAGAAGCUGGUGCGCCUUGACCUGUCCGACUGCAACCUCUUCAACAUCCCGGAUCGCAUCUUCAUCGAACAGACGGCGCUCAAGGAGCUGCUGUGCUUCCAGAACAAGUUCCGCAGGAUCCCUGGCGCCAUCCGGGGUAUGGAAAACCUGACCCACAUCUACCUGGAGAGGAGCAAGAUCGAGGCGGUGGCCUACAAUUCACUGCUGGGCCUGGGCAGCCUCAAGUACUUGAACCUCCAAGAGAACCGCAUCAAUGUCAUCCACGACCAGGCCUUCCAGGACCUUAUGCGGCUGGAGAACUUCUACCUCAACGACAACCUGCUGUCCGACCUGCCGCGGCUCGCCUUCAAGGGCCUCAGCCGCCUCAAGAUGCUCAACCUCGGUGGGAACCAGCUGACCAAUGUCUCCAAAACCUGGUUCAGCGACCUGGUGGAGCUGGAGAUCCUGUACCUGGACAGGAACCACCUGGUGUACAUUGAAGAAGGAACCUUUGAGAACUUAACCAGCCUGAUCACUCUCCAUUUGAACAGCAACAACCUCAGCACUCUCCCCUUCCCGGUGUUCCAGCCUAUCUAUUUUCUGGGUCGCCUCUACUUGUUUAGGAACCCCUGGGAAUGUGACUGCUCCUUAGAAUGGCUGAAGGAGUGGAUGGAGAACUACAACCUGGUGCGGGACAUCCCGUGCUCGUCACCGUCGUCGGUGGCAGGACUUGAUCUGGGCGAGGUGGUCUUUGCCAAAGUGAACGGCACAUGCGUAGACCCCGCCGAACUGAACUUGACCACGGUGUCCUCAGAGGUGGCCUCCACCACAGAGAACCGCUUCAACAGCCUCAUUUCCAGACUGAUGCACCAGGAACUCCGGGAAGAGGCGGUCAACGGGACGGAUGGUGCUCGCAACGGGACGCUGCCGGAAGCCGAGGACGGACAGCUCAGUGCCGGUGUCAGAGGGCAACACUGUCAAACGCAGAUGCCGGCUUUCUAUUUUCUUGUGGCUUGGCUCGUUUUCAGUUUGGAUGAAUGGUGGAUGUUAUUUUACAUGAACGGGUGGAAGCUUUUGUAACUGCAAUUGACACAAAGCUUCAUGUAUCAUAAUCUAUAUCAGUGGUCCCCAAUGUUUUUUUGCCCCAUGGUUUAAUGUCAGACAAUAUUUUCAGGGAUUGGCCUUUAAGGUGUGACAGAUAAAUACAACAAAAUAAUAUGAUAUGACCUGCAUGGAAACGGUGGUAUUUUCAUAACAUAAUAAUAAACACGAAUCAUGACACGAGGAACGUCCUAUCUGAACGCAAUGCUCUCUGGUCGCGAUGGUAACGUUUAAACGUGCCUUCAAAAUAAGAUACACUGCAAAUACAAAGUGCAUGAAUAAUACGACUCACCAUCGGCGUGGUGCGUGGGAAUCUCCCGUUGAGAUAAAUCCGUAUUUUAAGUAGGAUUCCUGAUACUAUCUAUUAAAUGUAGCCUUCUUUUUCAUGAAAGACUUAGGCUUCUCUUCUAUCUCCUGGCUGGGCCUUUUCCCCUUUUCCCAAAACGUUUGUUUUUACUCAUUUUGCUAGCUUCUGAUUUAAAUGGGUUUCAUUUUUGCGGCAACCUAUCACAUCACCGAGAAGCGCGACUUGGAUGUAACAGAGAGUACGGUAUUCUUUCAAAAUAAAACAUAUUUUAGAUCCCGAAAUCAAUAAAACGGAAGUAAUGUAAGUUCCUUGUUCUUUCUGUGUGGGCCGGAACCAAAUUACCCACAGACCGGAACCGGUCCGUGGCUCGGUGGCCUAUAGGAUAGAUGAACUCUUUACCCAAGGGGAGUCGUCCUCUAAAAGCCACGAGAAGAUCUUGAUUUAAUUAGUAGGAUUGGGGUCUAAUCCUACUAAUGAAAUCAAGAUCUUCUAAAUUUCAGUUUUAUCAUCCUCGUUCUGCUGAGGGUUCUCUAUUUCCUUGUGGCUUGCCCUGAGACAAAUGGCAAACUCUGUUGCACAUGAGAUUGACAAACGGGUGAAAAUUUUUGAAACGUUUGACAACUGAUAAUCUACAGCGAUAGAUGACGUCAUUAUAUCAAAGAAUCCGUUUUCUCUUUAAAGCCGCGGUGUAGGUGUUGAUCAGAAUGAACACAUUUCGUUGCAAAAUUGCGGCAUUUCAAUGAACAUGACGUAAUAUUCAUAGCACCCUACAAGUGCCCUUUUUGUAGGUUAAAGGCUGAUGAAGGGAAGCAGAUGUCCCUUUCUCUGUCGCGUUUUUUCUCUCUACAGAAAUGCAUUAAUCUUCUUUUCGCUUGUGAGUCGUUGACAACUUGCCUGUGCCUCCUCCUAUGGGUGGACCCUUACCGAUUUCACCACGCAUGGACUGGGAUCACGCUACACACGCCGAAUGUCACUGGCACAUGAUUAUAAAUGAGAAUUUUGGGGAAUCGUGUGGAGACUGCUGAAUAUUCCUUUGCCGCUCUCCUAAUAAAAUCAAAGACACUGA